AUGUUUUCAGCCACGCUUUUGCCCAUCUCUUCGAUGGAAGCUUUGAUCAGGUCGCCCAUAGCUUCGAUUGCCCCGAUCAAGUCCUUCGAGGGCUCCGCUGCGCUCACAGUAACCUCCGUCAGGCUCUCCAAUGAUGCUGCCAUCGCGUCAUACUUGCUUAUCGUCACGUCCUUGACCGUCACAACCUCCUUGUUCUGGCGCGGCGGCUGCUACUUGUCCGUAGGGUUCGACAUCGUCAGAGUGCAGUGUUUCUUCAGAGAAUCGGCACACCAGCCAGGCUCUGAUACCAUUGAAAGAGCACGGAUCUAG